CCAAAAUUGAAAUUCACAGUCCAAACGAAACACAAAAGGAAAAGAGAUUGGUUGGGUCAGAGUGAGAGAUCAGAGCACGAUGGAGGUUGGUGGUGGUGUUGACUCGGAGAGCAAAAGUCAACGGCGGGUAGGGUUGUUAUACGACGAGAGGAUGUGUAAGCACUCCACACCGGACGGUGAUCCUCACCCGGAAAACCCUGACCGGAUUAAGGUCAUCUGGAACAAACUUCAAGCCAGCUCCAUUCCUCAGAGGUGUGUUCCUUUGGAUGCCAAAGAAGCAGAAGACAAACAUAUCUUGGCAGUUCACUCCCAAAACCAUGUUAAUUUGAUCAAGAAGAUAAGCUCCAAACAGUUUGAUUCACGGAGAAAUCGAAUUGCAUCAAGUUUGAAUUCGAUAUAUUUGAAUGAAGGAACAUCCGAAGCUGCCUAUCUUGCCGCCGGCUCUGCCAUAGAGGUAACUGAAAGAGUUGCAAAAGGAGAAGUGGAUUCUGCUGUAGCUAUUAUUAGGCCUCCAGGACAUCAUGCCGAAGAAGAUGAAGCUAUGGGGUUUUGUCUUUUCAACAAUGUAGCUAUUGCAGCAAGUUAUGUUUUAAAUGAAAAGCCAGAAUUGGGAAUCAACAAAAUACUGAUCGUUGAUUGGGAUGUGCAUCACGGUAAUGCCACUCAAAAGAUGUUCUGGAAGGAUCCUCGUGUUUUAUUCUUCUCAGUUCAUAGGCAUGAGUUUGGAAGUUUUUAUCCAGCUACUGACGAUGGUUUCUAUACUAUGGUUGGAGAAGGACCAGGAGCAGGAUAUAACAUUAAUGUCCCUUGGGAAAAUGGUCGAUGUGGAGAUGCUGAUUAUUUUGUGGUUUGGGAGCAUAUUUUGCUUCCAGUUGCCAAAGAAUUCAAUCCCGACUUAAUUAUAGUCUCUGCUGGAUUUGAUGCAGCUAUUGGUGAUCCUUUGGGGGGUUGUCGUAUCACACCAUACGGAUAUUCAGUUAUGCUGAAGAAGUUGAUGAAUUUUGCCAAUGGAAAGAUCGUGUUGGCUUUAGAAGGAGGAUAUAAUUUUGAGUCUAUUGCAAAGUCAAUGCUUGCUUGUGUUGAAGUUCUGCUAGAGGACAAACCUAUUCUUGGAUCUUCGGAGGCAUACCCAUUUGAGUCUACAUGGCGUGUGAUACAAGCGGUUCGCCAGAAAUUAAGUGCUUACUGGCCGUCACUUGCAGAUGAAUUGCCAGAGGAGCUAAUCAAUCAAAAAGUGCCUCCAGCUGCGUAUGUUCUGACCUCAAGCUCUGACUCUGAAGCGGAGGAGGAUCACGAAAGUCCAAAAGUAUCUCAACAUCUUGAGGAAGCUCUUCAGGAGAUUAUAGAGCCCCUUUCAAAGAUGAAAGUUGAUGAAAGUACUCGGGAUCAUGUGGCAAGCAACACUUACACCUGGAGGUCGGAGCUUUCUAAAGUUGACAUCUGGUAUGCUGCGUUUGGAUCAAAUCUGUGGUUGAAUAGACUACUUUGCUAUAUUGAAGGUGGACGGGUGGACGGUUUGCAAAAGCCAUGCGUUGGUUCGGUGGAUAAAACUCCACCGAAAGAGAUCAUGUGGAAGACUUUCCCUCAUCGCAUGUUCUUUGGUCGCGAAUCUACUCUGUCAUGGGGUCCUGGAGGGGUUGCGUUCAUGGACCCUGAAAGCAACAGUCAGGAUAAAACUCACAUGUGCCUGUAUAGAAUUACGCUCGAGCAGUUUAACGAUUUGUUGGUGCAGGAAAAUUAUGGAGGCUAUGCCAUGAGCUCUCCUUUGUUCGACUUGACUGCUUUAAAUUCAGUCACAGGUCAAGAACCUCAUUCCCUGCAGGUUCGCCUAGAGAAGGGUUGGUACCGUAAUGUUGUCUACUUGGGCGAGGAGCGUAACAUUCCAAUACUGACUAUGACGUGCACACCAUCGGACGUUGAGGGCUUCAAAUCUGGAGAGCUUCCCUUGUGCGCUCCAGCCAAGAAUUAUGCCAACACAAUAGUGAGAGGCUUGGUGGAAGGAAAGCUGCUUUCACAGGAGGAGGCAAUGGCUUACAUACAAGAAGCCGCUACUAAAGCAUUAUGAACUGGAUGCCAACUUCUUCUUAUCCUUGCAGUAUUUUGUAAAUCUAAGUGUAACAUUAUUGCUGGAAUAGGAUCAUACUGAUGCUUAUUCAUAGGAUAUUUAAAAACUUUUCCAGGCUUCCAUUGCAGUGGUUGCCAUUGACUAUCA